AUUGUAGGGCACAGAGAGUCGUGAUUCCUCGAGAAGCCGGCCAGCUUCGCCGUUUAUCAUUCUCCGAAGUUGUUGUCUGAAGUAGCUGAGAGGAGUCAACGAGGGGGAAACGUCCGGAAGAAGAGGAGAGAAGGCGAGGAAGACGAGAGAAAAAAUCCAGGUACCACACUCUGGCACUGGCAUCGUCGUCGAAUAUCUUCGUUGAAGCCUCUUGAAACGCAACGAAGAAUUCUCCAAUUUGAGCAGGAUUAGUUAAGAAAGUCUCCAAAUUCGAGUUGGAUUCAAAUACCAGCAGGGCUGAGAAGACACGACGAUGUCAGAGGAAGGUGUUAUUAGCAACCUCCAAUCUGAACUAGAGUCUCUCCGUGAAAGGGUUAAGGAACUGGAGGCCGAGAAUGCGAAACUAUCAUCUACAAUCUCUCGUUGUCAUUGUUCUAAGAGAGAGGAGAAGAAACUUAUGGUAGACGAGAGUAGGAAAAUGAUUUCCAAAGUUAACAGAAAAUCAACAGAACGACUUCCAGGUUCUACCGAUCACUAUUUCAGGAGAUUCAUUGCUCUCAAGGUCAUGUAUUUUGGCAAGGGGUUUUAUGGUUUUGCUUCGGAAGCACAAAUGGAUCCAACUGUUGAGUCUGAGAUAUUCAAAGCUCUGGAGAAGACCAGGCUUUUAGUUGGCGACAAGAAGGAGUCGCAAUAUUCAAGAUGUGGAAGGACUGACAAAGGUGUUUCCUCUGUUGGGCAAGUAAUUUCUCUGUUUGUACGAUCAAGGAUCAAGGAAAUCAGAGAGGAAGAAGAACACAAUGAUGGAGAAUUUGAUUAUGUGAGAGUAUUAAACCGUGUACUUCCAGAAGAUAUUCGAAUUGUAGGCUGGUGUCCAGUUCCGGUUGGCUUCAGUGCAAGGUUUAGUUGCUUGAGCAGGAAAUAUAAAUAUCUGUUUUGGAGCAAGGAUAUGAAUCUCUUGGCUGUGGAGGAUGCAGGCAAGAGACUUGUAGGGGAACAUGAUUUCAGGAACUUCUGUAAGAUGGAUGCUGUAAAUGUACACAACUAUAGGCGGCGAAUCACUUCAUUUCAAAUUUCCUCUUGUGAUAUGAAGUUCCUCGGCAAUGAACUUUCUGCAAUUGAAAUCAAUGGCAGCGCGUUCCUGUGGCAUCAGGUCCGGUGCAUUGUUGCUGUUCUAUUCAUGAUUGGCCAAGGUCUUGAAUCCCCUGAUAUCAUUGACACAUUACUGGACAUUGACGGAACAGCAAGGAAACCUCAGUACGCUAUGGCUCCGGAGAUUCCACUAAUCCUUCUGUCCUGUGAAUUUGAAGGUCUCAACUUCAUUUGUUCAUCAAAUGCUAGGCAAGCUUUGUGCGAACACUUGCAGAAUGAGUGCAGAACCUACCAACUUCAAGCUGCCAUCUUUCAUGAGGCUCUGUUGGGUUGUUUGCCUUCAGAAAAUAAUCAAUCUUCAUUGUGUAAUGGAGUAGCAAAGAAGGCUUCCCAUGUUCCGCUCAUGUCACGGCCUACUGAGCCAUCUUACGAAGAACGACGCAUCAAAAUAAACUCCAAAACAUGAAGAGUUUAGUUACUUUAGUGCUAAGUGAAUAAGCAUUGUACCAUCAGUUAUUACCUUACAUUCAAAAGGAUCUUUUGCCGUAGUGUUAAUUAUGUUAUCAUCAGAGAAAUCAGGAAUGAAGUUUCCAUAAGAGGAUCCAAGCUUGAUUAAUGAAGUUUUUCUACCUUCUCUA